AGUCCCAACUCCACGAUGGCAUCCCUCUACGUGGGAGACCUUCAUCAUGAGGUGACGGAGGCUAUGUUGUACGAGAAGUUCAGCCCAGCAGGUCCUAUCUUGUCUAUCCGCGUGUGCCGAGACGCGGUCACCCGCCGCUCCCUGGGAUAUGCUUACGUGAACUUCCAGCACUUGGCUGAUGCAGAAAGGGUGAUGACUGCCAUGAAUCUUUAUAUCAUCAAAGGUAAACCUGUCCGUCUCAUGUGGUCCCAACGAGAUCCAUCUCUCCGGAAAAGUGGCAUAGGCAACGUUUUUGUUAAAAACCUGGAAAAGUCCAUCAACAACAAAUCUCUACAUGACGCGUUCUCCAGCUUUGGCAACAUCCUAUCCUGCAAGGUGAUUACUGAUGACAACGGUUCCAAAGGCUACGGUUUUGUGCAUUUUGAACAUCGAGAAUCUGCCGAGAGAGCAAUUCAGAAAAUGAAUGGGAUACUUCUGAAUGAUCUCAAAAUAUUCGUUGGUCAUUUCAAAUCCCGUAAAGAUCGAGAAUCUGAACUUGGAGCACAAACCAGAGAAUUCACCAAUGUAUACAUCAAGAACUUUGGAGAGGAUAUGGAUGAGGAAAGGCUGAGUAAGAUCUUUGAAAAAUUUGGACCUACACUUAGUGUAAAAGUGAUGAGGGAUGACUGUGGAAGAUCAAAAGGUUUCGGAUUUGUCAACUUCCAGAAACAUGAAGAUGCACAGAACGCUAUUGAUAACAUGAAUGGCAAGGAGCUCAACGGAAGACAAAUCUAUGCUGGGCGGGCUCAGAAAAAACUAGAGCGACAAACACAACUUCAACGCCAUUUUGAACAACUAAAACAAAAUAGAAUUGUCAGAUACCAAGGUGUUAAUCUUUAUAUCAAAAACCUUGAUGAUGAUAUUGAUGAUGAAAAUUUGAGAAAAGAAUUUUCAUCAUUUGGAACGAUCACCAGUGCCAAAGUAAUGAUGAAUAACGGUAGGUCCAAAGGUUUUGGUUUUGUAUGUUUCUCUGCUCCAGAAGAAGCCACCACAGCAGUUACGGAAAUGAACGGUAGACUUGUAGCAAGUAAGCCAUUGUAUGUCGCUUUAGCCCAACGAAAAGAGGAACGUAAAGCCCAUCUCGCCAACCAGUACGUUCAGAGGAUGGCACGCAUAAGAUCCACAGCCAGUCCCAUGCUAGGCCCAUACCGGGCAGGAGCUUCUUCUCGUUAUUUUUUUACACCUCUAACACAAAGCCAGAACCGGGGAGCAUACUAUCCUCCCAACCACUUUGCUCAGCUAAGAUCAAGCCCACACUGGUCUGCCCAGCGUGUGAGAUCCCACUCUUUCCAGACCAUUACAGGACCUAUGCGACCAAAAUUCUGUAGAUCACCUUUUGGUCCCCUACAGUCAACUUCACAGAUGUCAAGAACUUCAUUGUCAAAGUCACCGAUGUCAACAUCAGUGAUGUCGACUUCACAUAUGUCAACAUCACUAUUGUCGACUUCACAUAUGUCAACAUCACUUGUGUCGACUUCACAUAUGUCAACAUCACUUGUGUCGACUUCGCAUGUGUCAACAUCACUUGUAUCAACUUCACAUGUGUCAACAUCGCUGAUGUCGACUUCACAUAUGUCAACUUCACGGAUUUCAAGAAGGAUAACAACUCAAAGGAUUAAUUCCCCACUGCACACAUUGAGACCUCUGUGUCCCCCAGGGACUACAUUUAUCCCAACGUUACGCUCAGCUCAGCAGUAUAAAUACACUGGUGCUAGCUACAAUCACCAAUUUCUUGGUAUACCACCACAUAUUCCCACACUGACCCGUCAAAUUCCCACACUGACCCGUCAAUUGGUUGCACACCUGCCAGGGCAAGAACCUGCAAUACCUUCAACAUCAACUGCCUUUCCUCAACCACAAAAACGGGUACUUGGGGAAAGGCUGUUUCCACUGAUUCAGGAUCUACAUCCUACCCUGGCUGGAAAGAUCACAGGAAUGUUAUUGGAUAGACAAAAUUCGGAGAUUCUUUGUAUGCUUAAUUCUCCCGAAUGUCUCCGUUCGAAAAUAAGUGAAGCUAUGGCAGUUCUGCAGGCUCACAAGGAGAAAGAAGCCAUUCUCCCGAAUGUGUCUAUUCUAAAAUAAGUGAAGCUAUGGCAGUUCUGCAAGCUCACAAGGAGAAAGAUGCCAUCGAAGGUAACAACACCCCCGACAUGGCUUCAAUGUAAAAACACACUAAGAAAAUACCGCCGGAGAUCACCAAAAUAGGAGCAAGCAUUUCAUCGAAGAAAAACAUCCAAACGUGAAAAAACUUCAUGGUUGCACCCUCCAAAUGGCAGAUGUGAAAUUAAAAACAAGUGUGAUGU